GGAGCGUAGAGGCCUCCCUGGAGGAGGAUGGUCCCCUCGGUGGGGCUGCAGCUGCUGAGCCCGCCCUGUACUCCGUCGAUCCUUUUGUCUCAAACUAUGCCAGAGAUGACAGAGAAAGCUCCUCUUAAGAAGCAGCACCGGAAGAAAAACCGUGAGACUCAUAAUGCAGUGGAGAGGCAUCGAAAAAAGAAAAUCAAUGCUGGUAUAAACCGAAUUGGCGAAUUAAUUCCAUGUUCCCCUGCACUGAAACAGAGUAAGAACAUGAUCCUUGAUCAAGCAUAUAAAUAUAUAACAGAAAUGAAAAAGCAAAAUGAUGAACUCCUGUUGAACGGAGGAAACAAUGAACAAGCUGAAGAAAUAAAAAAACUCCGGAAGCAGCUGGAUGAACUUCAGAAAGAAAAUGGACGCUACAUAGCAUUAUUGAAAGCGAAUGACAUUUGCCUUUAUGAUGAUCCUACCAUCCACUGGAAGGGGAAUCUUAAAAAUUCAAAUGUUUCUAUUGUAAUCCCCAAUGAUCAGGCACAAAAGAAGAAAGAAAAUCUGAAAAAUACAAAUAUUUCUGUUGUUAUCCCCAAUGAUCAACUGCAAAAGAAUAUCAUCGUAUAUUCCAACGGCAGUCAGUUUGGUGGAAGUAACCAGGGGCCAUCUGUCCAAGGAAUAACUUUUAAUAUAGGACAUAAUUUACAGAAACAGACAGCUAAUGUUGUUCCUGUCCAGAGGACUUGCAACAUUCCUGCAACCAUUUCUAGUAUUUACUCAACAGCAGUCAAAUCAGGUAUUCAAACUUCAGUUUCUUCAUUAGUAUCAGGCCUACCAAAUACAGACAAAAAAACCCUUGAGCAACCUACCUCUGAGAACAAGCAGGGCACGUCUACUUGUACUAGUGCUGCCAGUUCUGUGAAUACCUCGCAGCUAGUCAGACUGCAGACUGAAAAACAGACUUCAUCACAAGAUGAGGAUGACAUCUCCAAACCUAAAAAUAAACAAGAGAGUGUGAAGUUGAUUGAGAAAGCAAGUGUACCAAGCCCCAGCCUUCCUUCCAGUGUUAGUGCAGAUGUACUUCAUUGUCAACUAGCAAAUGUACCACCAGAAGCAGGUUCAGGAGGUGGGUCUCUAGGAAGCUCUGUAAGUUCUGCAGCUGACCCAACCUGUGCUGCAUCUGUAAAGCAAUCCAUUGAUGGAAAGCCAUCCACAGAAAAGGUCUUCAAAAGCCUAGAUGGUAGAGCUCCAGAAGGAGUAGAAGCCCUGAAGGCUGUAACCACAUUGAAUACAGUGCCUGCUACUACUGUAGAGAAAUGGACUUUUCCCAGUUCUUCAGGUGUUGGCAUUCCAGACUCAAAAAGCAUGGGUAGUCUUAUGAGAAUCACUUCAGCUGGAAAUACUCAAACUACAUGGACUACAUUACAGCUAGCUGGAAGCACUGUUCAGCCUCUAAACCAUACUCCAUCCAACAUAACGACAACCCUUUUAAAUGAGCCAAUUAAUGGUGCUAGUAUAGCUUCCAGUCCAAACAAGAUCAUGGCCAAUGCUGCUGGUUUAAAUAAUCCUCUGGUUCCAGAUGAACACCCAGCUGACCAAUUGGUUGUUACCUUGCCUUCCUAUCCAUCUUUACCUAUUCAGCCACUAAUUAGUAAGACGCAAACUAGAGCACAAAUUGCAGGUAGCCUCCUUCCCCUGAAUCCAGCAAUGCAAGUGAUUCAAGUAUCUCAGCCAAUAACCUCACCUGCCAAUACAUCGCCUAUUAAUCAGAACAUUGUCAUUCUCCAGCCUCCUAAUGCUAAUUCCUGUCCUCCAGUGCUGAGAGCUGAACUCCCAAAUCAGACCGUUAGCCAACAGAUUGUAAUAAUACAAACUGCUAAUCCAAAUCCCCUCUCCUUUUUCUCAACACCAUCAGCUGUUAAAAUACCUGUAAAUGGAACAAAUGGUGGCAAUCUUAUACAAAGUGCCUCUGGCCCUCAUAUGUUUGGUGGGAAACAUCUUGUUCAUAUUUUACCAAGGCCCUCCUCUUCAACAUCUUCUUGCCUGACACAAACAUUUUCAGUUUCAAUGUCUAACCAAAAGCUUCCACAGACCAUUUCUUUAAAUGGACAGUUAUUUGCAUUGAAGCCUAUGAAGUCCUGUUCUGGAGAUUCAGAUCAAACCCCUAUGCAAAUUAUUCAACCUACCACCAGUGAAGAUCCAAAUACCAACAUUGCCCUCAAUGCAUUUGGUGCUUUAGCCAACCUCAAUCAAAGCAUAUCACAGAUGGCUGGCCAAAGCUGUCUACCGGUGUCUGGCAAUCAGCCUACCAACCCCAAAACUGUCAGUAGCCAGACCGCACCAUUAACUCCUGCUUUGCCACCAGCCACAAUACCUUCCUCUUCAGCUGCUGAGAAUUCUAGGUUAACCUGUACUUCAACUUCACUAGAUGUUUCUCCCCCCAAAGCUGCUGGUUUGGGCUCAAAAUGGUCUAAUAAAAGUUCAAGUACUAAAAAAAGCUUAGUAGCCAGCAACAACCUUGCAUGUCAAGUGGAUCCUGGCAAAGAAUGCAAAAAACUUGAUAGGAGGAAUGUGGCAACUGCAUCUGAGCAUUCAGGAAGUGACAUAUUGCUUGAAAAUAUGCCUGUUGUUUUGCAGUGCUUAGCUUUACCACAAGCAAACUGUAGAGUAACACCAAACAAUGUGAAUGCUUCUGAUCCUCAUCCCAAAGAUACACUGAGAGCUGAACAGAAUAUGGACUCUACCCUGACACCUGACCUGAAUGCAGCUGUAGUGCCUAGAUCAUUGUCCCUUGAGUCAUCCUUACUGGGUCCAUUUGAAGUAGUUCCUGCAAUUUCCACAGACGGUGCUUCUCCAUCUCUUCAGAUGUGUAAAUCUCAAACUGACUCAACAGCAAAUUCUAAGUUAUCAGAGCUGGCCAAGUGCAUUCCCACCAGUCCUUUAAUAGCUGCUGCUUCUGAUUCUCAGGUGACAAUUUCUCAAAUUUCUGAGGCAUCAGUAUCAAAUAGAGAAACAAAUACAGAGAGCGUUCCCAGAACAGAGGUCUCGGAGAUCUGCAGGAUGGAACAAAAUUGUUCCAUAGUAAUGCAAGCCUCAGAUUUAUUGGAAGAACAGGGCCUAACCAAAAUGUUCUCAGAGUUUAGUAAAGUAGGAGAGGUUGUACAAAAAUCCUUUUCAGUCCAAGUAGAGCACCCCAGUUUUUGUACGCAGAACACAAAAUCAAAUAUCAACUCAAAUGAUAACUUGGGAAGGAAACGAGGACUCUUGCUGAUGAAUACCGAGGAAGAAAACCUUGCACAGUCUAAUUCUUGCACCUCUGACCAGGAGGCAAUCACUGCUAAUAGGCAAGCAGACUCCCCCAUGUCAACUAGUUCAGGUAGCAGCUGUGGCUUUUCUGUUGCAUCCAUGUUGCCAGAUACAUGUAGGGAAAAUGUUUCUAACAGUACUUUGGUGAAUACACAUAGCACCUGCACAUUUUCAGAGCAAACAGAUAUUGUAGCACUGGCUGCAAGAGCAAUUUUUGACCAAGAGACUCUUACAAAAAACACAGGAACAGUGUCAGGAACUUCUGCUUCCAAGGGUAGUAAAGUGGCAUCUCUAGGAAGAGACCAAUCAUUCAAAGCCCACCCAGUUAAAAACACCAAUCAGAUAGAAACAGUGCCAAACAAUUUCAGUACCCAGAGUUCAGUGCAAAUAAACAUUGAGUUGUCUGCAGAGAAAAGCUGUUCAGUUGGUCUGGAAAUGUCUGAUUCAACUUUGCAGAUUCCAACCCCACAACCUUCAAGCACCUCAAGCUUGAGUGUCAAUAAUCUCAUACAUCAAACCUGCAUCAUCCAUCCUCCAGCAAGCUGCUCAGGUGUACCCUCAUCUUCAGACCAAACAACUGUUUCUGUGUCUGGGACUCAGUCCAUGCCUGCUAAUUCAUAUAUGACUCAGUCUCCAGGACAUUCUCCAGGGUUGAUGGCAGACUAUCCCCCAGAACAGCUAUCUGCUCUUCAGACUAGCACGAUGCAAGGUCCGCAGAUGUGUGAACCACACUUAAAGCAGCAAAGACAAGAAAGCCGCAAAGAAUCAGCCAAACGUUCUGUUCAAGAUGAUCACCUGCUUUCUACACCAAAGAGGCAAAAACAGUGCCAGACAGCACCUCUACAGCUUGAAGAGAUGGCUCUGUUGAAUCAAACAGCUGAUGAUAUUGAGGAUCAAAAUCAAAUCCGUGUGAAUCAGAUUCCCCCCAACUCAUCUAAUCUUGCAGUGUCGGUGAGUAGUCAAGGGCAUACUAAUGGCCAUAGUAGGUUAUUUCAAGCCAGCAAUUUUGUGUCACCUACUUUGAGACAAGCUGAAGUUCAGUGUAAUUCUCAUUUGCCUAUCUUAGAUCAAGCAGGACAACAUCUGCAGCCUAUCCAGCAUGCACUCUCUCAAGGAAUGGCUCAUCUUCAAGCUAAUCACCCAUACAUAAAGCCACAGCAACAGGCUGGACAGCUAAGAGAAAGGCAUCAAUUGUGUCAACUUCAGCAUCAUAUUUCUCCUGCAGAAAGUUCUAUACGCUCUCAAGCCCAUAUUGUCCAUCACCAAAGAAUAUUGCACCAAGAGGUUCAGCUGCAGAAAAAGAGAAGCCUCAUUCAAGCAACUCAGCCCACCACACUUGCUUUACAACAGAAGCAUCAUGGAAAUGACCAGUCACGGUCAAAGAGCAGCCAGCCACAUCCCCAUCACUCCCAGAUUCAACAGUUGCAGCAGCACUAUCCUUCUUCCCAGCCUGAGAAGAACUGUGAGAACCCUUCUUUGAGCAGAACUCAUAGCCAUCCGCGGAGCCAUCCAACUCAGGACAUUCUGCAUCAGCAGUCAUCAGAUGUGGGCAACAGACAGCCAGGUUCUGGAGUUCCUUCUGAACAUGUCUCAGGACAUGGCCAGAUGCAUAGACUGUUGACCUCUAGGGCUUUGGAGCAGCAAAUAGUGUCUCAACCUAGUAUUGUCACCAGACCAGAUGUUGCCUGUCUCCCUCAUAGGCAGGAAAGAAAUAGAGUUAGUAGUUACUCUGCAGAGGCACUUAUUGGGAAAUCUUCAUCUAAUUCAGAACACAGGCUAGGAAUAUCCAUGCAGAGCUUCAAAGUUUCAGAUCAUCUUGAAAUGAGAAAUUAUGCCGAUGUAUCUAGGAAUAAAGAACUGGUAAUCCAUAAUACACAAAGUCGCAUAUCUGUAGAUCAUCCACUUGGUUCAGAUAUUCAGAGGCUCUCUGAGUGCCAGACAUUUAAGGUGAAUGCCAUUAAUCAACAGCCUACAGGUAAUUUUGAUGUGCAAUCUUCAAGAAGUAAUGAAAUAGGUAACUCUCUCAGGGGUAUGCAGACACAGAGUUUUCGACUUGCCCAAAAUGCUGGACCACCAGUAGACAGACAAAAGAGGUUGUCUUAUCAACCAGUUCAAAGCAUUUCAGCAGGAAAUCCUCUCCCUCCCCGAAGAGACAAUGAGAAUGCAUGCCACCAAGGUUUCAUGCAAAGUUUACUUAUCCCACAUCUUGGAGAUCAAGCUAAUGGAAGCCAAAGACCAAUUUCAGAGCAUCAGAGAAACCCACAGUGUGCUACUUCUUCAAAUGUUGAUUAUAAUUGUGCCCCAGCAAGAGAAAGUAUUCACAUGCGGAGGGAAAGUGAUGAUCAGAACAGAGAAAGUUGUGACAUGUCUCUUGGUACUAUUAAUGGUAGGAACAAUUCACUAACUAUUCCCUUUUCAAGUUCUUCUGGAGAUAUUCAGGGCCGUAACUCAAGUCCCAAUAUUUCUAUCCAGAAAUCUAAUUCCAUGAGAAUAACAGAGAGCCAUGGAACAAAGGGUCACAUAAAUGCCUCAGCUUCUAGCAAUGUACAUGGAGCUACACGUCCUCUUCACUAUGCACCAGUGUCUCGUGGGAAUGCUGACCAAGUUCCUCCAUCUGUUCGUCAAACCAAUUCUUCAGCCACUGACCGGUCAAGACAUCCUUUGCAGGAUAAUGGUGGCUCUAAAGUUCGCCAGCCGGAAAGGAAUCGUUCUGCAAAUCAAAGACAUGGGAAUGUGUUUGAACCUUCUCUUCCUCAACUUCCUUUAUCUACUGGUGGAGGAAUGAUCCUUGGACGACAGCAACCUACCCUUGAAAAAAGGGGCAGCAUUGUGCGAUUCAUGCCUGAAGGGCCACAGGUUUCUCAUGACAGUACAGCUGCUGAUCAGCACACUCUGUCUCAAAAUUUUGGAUUCUCUUUUAUUCCAGAAAGUGGAAUGAAUCCCCCAGUAAAUGCUAAUACGUCGUUUAUUCCACCAGUGACUCAACCCAAUGCUACCCGAACAGCAGCCCUGAUUCCAGUAGAUCCUCAAAAUACGUUGCCAUCUUUCUAUCCACCAUAUUCUCCUGCACAUCCCACCCUGUCUAAUGACAUUUCAAUUCCUUAUUUUUCUAACCAAAUGUUUUCUAAUCCAAGUACAGAGAAGCCAAAUGGUGGAGGCUUAAACAAUAGAUUUGGUUCUAUUUUGUCACCUCCCAGACCAGUUGGCUUUGCUCAGCCAAGUUUUCCCCUUUUGACAGAUAUGCCUCCGAUGCAUGUGGCCAAUUCAUCCCACUUGUCCAAUUUUAAUUUGACUUCUUUAUUCCCGGAAAUAGCUACAGCUCUUCCUUCAGAUGGAUCAGCAAUCUCACCACUGCUCUCAAUAGCAAAUACUUCUGGUUCUGACUCUUUGAAACAAUCAUCAAACCGGCCUGCCCAUAACAUAAGCCAUAUUCUAGGUCAUGACUGCAGUUCAGCUGUAUGAAAAGAAUGGGAAGGGGGUGGACUUUUUUGAAUGCCUGUGUUUAUGUGUGUAAUGCAUAUAUACUUGUAUAAAUUUGGAUUUACCAUUUCUAAAGAGUCCGUUUACAACAUCACUCUUGGAACUGUUCCAUUUGCAGGUUAUUCUUGGGCUUAUACAUAAACAUUCAUAUUGCUAACUUAGAAUCGUGAUGCAUCUCUAAGCGCAAACUAGUUGUUAAGACUUUAACCUGUUUCAACAGCUUAUGAUAAUGUGACACUCCUCACCCCUGUAUUGUUACCAUCUCUCUGAAAAAUGGGACUAGGGAAACAAACCCUCUUAAGAGGGCUCCUCUUCUUCCCCCCCCUUUUUUUUACAUUUACCAUUUUAAAUUUCCUCCAGUAAUAAGAACAUUGCUGAGGCUGUAACAAAAUGAACGGGAAUGAUAGCAGUCUGUAGGCAAACUUACUACAUACAUAAAUGUAAUUUUUUUGCUCAUCUGGCCUUCCGGCCAAGUCAGAGGAACUAUGAUGAAAGUAAAAAGAGAAUCGUGAUGCUUUAGUGGAAUGCUCUUGACAGUGUAAGUUGAGAAUGGAAAUAAAGAAUGCCCCCCAAAAUAUUUGAUUUAAAUAUUCCGAAACAGUGUGCCAAGCAACAAGGGAAUAUUUCUGUCAAGAUCCAAAGACACAUUUUAUUGCACUUGAUUUCUUUAAAACACCAUUGUUUCCAUUUGUAUCUCCACACUGAUGAUGGUGAUGAUGGUAUGAUGGUAUCAGUAAGUCAUUGUCUUAAGGUAUUAUUGUGAUGAACUGCUAAUUGUUUACAUUUCUUUCUAUAAAGUCCACAAACCGAUAAGUAGAGUUUUAAUUGGCAUAAUGUUUCCUUUGCAUUGAAGGAGAUAACAUACAAAGGGAUUCUAAAAUGGGGAUAUUAGUAUCAUUUACUAGUAUUUAGUAAAGCACUCAGCUGAAGUUACUGUAUAUCUAUAGCUAUGUCUUGGAAUUGCAAUAUUAGCCUUCAGCACAUUAAGAGUGUUCUAGAACGCAUCAUCUCUUGUGUCAAGGGAACUCUGAAGUGGUUAACCAAAACAAAAGGGAUAACAGUAUGAAAAACCAUAAACUCAGCUUUUUGGUUUUAUGAUAGUUUAUCUUAUAACUAUAUUGUAUUGAUAUUUGGAACGUGAAGCAACAUGGAGGUAGAGUUUCUAGAGCAGCCCUUUUUGGGGAGGUGAGUCAAAGACUUUCUGAUAGCCGGAAGAAAGAAAGUCUUCCUACAAUGACUGACCAGAGUUGUUUGCACCUAAACUGAAUCCCCUGCAGUUAGAGCCUUUGCAAAACUUCCUAACAGAUCAAAGAGAUCAUGCAAAUAGGGCCAGAUAGCUUAUAGUUUUACUUUCUUUUCCCUCCCUCUUAUUAGUUGGCUGUGCUGCUGAUUGUUUACAGGAAACAAAUGCCUAUUUAUCAUAUUCCAAGGAUUGGGGGAAAAAAAAUAGGUGCUCUUCUUAACCAAUUUAAAUGCGUAACAGGGAGAGUGGAAGAGUGGGAAGUGAAUUGGCCAAGAAUAUAUUGACCAGCAGAGAAAUUCAGUUCCUUGAACAAACUUUCUAUGCAAAAGUUUAUGCUUUUAUGAUUUCUGAAGUUUUUCUGAAAAAGUACUGGAAGCAUCUGAUGCACAGAUGAAAAGGAAAUGCAAGUAAAUGGCAGAGUAUUUAACUAAUAAGAGAAACUGUAUUCCCUUCUGUUGAGUCAGUUUUUAUCAUGCUUUAGUGCAUAGAGGAAGCCUAGAUAGAUAAGUGUGACAUUCUGCACAUUGGUUUGUGUUAACAACUUUUAUGACAAUAGGUGAAAAAAAAGUAUUCAGACUUUCAGUAUGUAUUCAUAUAAAUCAAUAGCUACUCUCUCUCAGCAUUUAUCAGUUAUUUCUUGCUUGGAUUUUUGGUAGACAUGAAUAUAGAUUGCUACUAGUAUUUUUCAAGCGUAUUCUCAUGCUAAAAAUAUAUUUUUAACAUAUGUCUUAGUGUUGCCUGCAGUGGUAAUAUUGCUAUUGCAGAUAUUACCUAAGUUUUGAUUAUUAACAGGGAUUCUAGCAAAAGAGCAUCAGAUCCCUACUGAGAUUCCAUGCACGCUGCAAAUCCUACUUUUUGUCCUUAUUUCAGGUAUUAGUGCCCUUCAGUUAAAAAAAAAUAUGGCAUAAAUAUUUCACUUUGAAGAAUGCCCUUAACAUUUUUUAAAUUAUUAAAAUGCUAAUAUUUUCUAACAUUUGUCUUAUACUAGCCCAGGCUUCUAACUUCAAUACAAAUUUCCCAUUGUAUGAGGUCAUCAAGGUCUCAUAAAUUAUGUGAUAUUAUCACGUCUUAUCGACACUGAUGUGAGUAGAAGCUUCCUAUAUCCCAGGAAAGCACACGAAGCAUUGGGGACUUCCGAGGUUUGUAAAAUCCAUAGGAUGUCAGCUUUUGGAUGGGUGUAGAAUUGAAUUUUUCUUAUUGCUAAGAUGCUAUAGAUGCAACAGUGGCUGAAUCAUCUAAAAAUAUGGAAGCACUAGGUUAUAUGGGUGAAUAUAUGUAAUGUUUUGGGUUUCUGUUGGGUAUAGAUCAUCAAGCCUUGCUCUCUUAAUGGGAACAGAUAAAACUUGCUGUCACACAGCAUACAGGUUUAUAACUGUAUGCUGUGCUGCUGUCCCUCAUGAGAGUUUCCAUGUGCACACAGAGGAAUUAUCUACAGUCCCCCUUGCUUUGAAAUCAAGAAAUGUAUGGUGAUUGUGCUACAUUUUUCAGCACAUUAAGAAUGUAUGCUGUUCUGCAUUCUGUAAUAUUCUAUCCACUACUUAAGGUCCUCCAGAAUUUUUCAAGAUCUAGAAGAGAAACUUGUAAUAGCACUGAUAAGGAAAGUUAAUUAUUAUUGUAAAUAAGUUUUUUUUAUUUUGACAUCUUUUUACAAAUUGAAUGCAUUUGUAUGUAAAUACCUGCAACAUUGAUUUUUUAAAAAAUUCUCAGAUUUUUAUUAAAUGUAAAAUUAUAUUGAUUGUAAACACUGUAUAGAUAUAAACAAAAUAGUAUUUUAUUUUUAAAAUGUACAGUUUGUGCACUAUCAUUUUGUGUUCUGCUUGUGCUUUGUAAUUCUUCCCUUGCAGGAAAAACAAAAAGCAAACUAAUGACCCUAUAUUUAAAUACCCAGAGAAAGCUUAUGAAUGUGUAAUUUUUAAAAAGGUAAACAACUUAAAAGUCGAGCAAUUCUGUCUAUGGUUUCCCACUAAUUUGUACUAUUUUCAUCUGUCCACUUGCUCAGACAUAGUGAGGACCUCAAAAUGGCCAUGCAGAUUCUUCGACAGAACAGAGAUUCUUGACAUUGUAGGCAGUGGGUUCAGAGCACUGCCUUGGUUGCUAUGCAAAGACCACUUCCAGUAGUCUGCUGAUAGUUUUCUGAUCUAUUUAUCAGCAAGUUGUUUAGGGAUAGGAAAAGACAAUUGGGGCUACCUUUUUGGAAAAUGUGACUUGGAGUACAGUGUAUUUCAGCUGUGCAAUGCUUUGGCUUGAUUCCAAAAAGGGACCUAGAACAGUGUUUUUCAAACUUGGCAACUUUA